UAAAGCCCCCCGGAGUCACAAGCAUGCUUCAUCACUUGUGCCUUCUUCAUCCUCCUCGUCUUCAUCUCGUUUUCACCAGAUCUUGCUGGAAAGGUUGACAUCUGUCUGCCAUUCAUGUUUUGUUUGUUGUGCACCAUUUUUAAAAAAUCAGGUUAAACACAGCACGACUGAUUUUAAAGACGAGUGAAUGCAACAAGCGUUCUAGAUUUCAAGACUUAAUGAUUGUUUAUGGAUCAAUACAUUUAUUAUUUAAUCGUGGAGAGUUUUCUAAUGAAGUAAUUAUUUUGUCCAGAUGAUUUCAUUUACUAAGGUUCUUUGUCCUCGUUUUCAUGUCUGAUUUUAAUGUAACUAGUUAGUGCUGAAGCUAUCUUAGCUUGGCAUGUUUUUAUGACUGACCUUCUCAUUGGAAAAGCAAUCAUUGGGAAUCUACCUGUCAUGGAAGGAUUGUUUUAAAUUAAGGUUUUAUAACAUUUUAGAACAUUCCUGCUUAUAUUUUCAAGUUACUUGCACAUAAAAAAAAAAAUCUGAUAUUAAUAGUCUGAUAUUAAUGGUUCUACAGUAACUAUCAUUUUUAUCUGAAUGUAAGAAAAAAGCGAAAUGACUGCCGAUAUUUAGUAAACAACAUAUUUAGUAAAGAACACCCCAGUCUCUGUAGGACAUCUUGUUGAUGUUACCACAGACUACAGAAAACACUUUAUAAUCAUGAUUUGUAUAUCACUAAUGCUAUGUUUAAUCUCAACUCUCAAAAUGAACUAAAUUUAUAUAAUUGAAAUUUUUUUAAGAGCUUAAUCUUUAGUGAUUUGUGUAUAGCAGUAGCUAUUUUCCUUGGUGUUUGACCACUGAAGUGCAGUGUUAUAUUUAAUACUGGCAUUUGGCUGGAAUCAAAUGCUAAAUAAAGAUCCGUGACAUUUCAGAUCCUGAAGUGCCUCUGUUUGAAUAAACCCUUAUUAUAAAGAGACUCUAUUAUAAUGCUGACUCAUUACUGCUGGUGACCUUUCACCUUUCCCUUAUGGCAUACUUAUUGUGCCACAUCCCUGUGAAUGUGUGUGUGUGUGAGCUGUAUCUCAUUGUCCAAGCAUUACUUCAUCUUCUUAUGCAUUACUUCUGCAAUCACUGCAUAACACAAUUGUUCUGCACUUUUGGUUUAGCAUUUUGUUUAGCUGUGUGUGUGUGUGCGCGUGUGUUGUGAAUGUUGUGUGAGACAAUGCUUUGCUGUGGAGCUGGACCCAAAAAAACCUAAUUUGUACUGGUGUGGUCAGUAUUGGUCUGUACUGGUGUGGCCUGUGGCCCCAUGGGUAUCAUAAUCGUUGGACUCAGCUUGAGUCAUGCGUGCAGUUUGUCAAUCCAUCGAAGGCCUUAAAGCACCACUGCAUAUGAUCACAUUCCAAGUGCUUUAUGACUGACUGACGGUCAGACAGCUCUCUCAUUGUGUUGCAGGUAAAUUUCAUGGAAGAUGUUGCAAAGCAAGAUGAUGUAGAUAGGGCAGACAUUUCGAACAGGCAGAAAGGGGCCAGGAGACCUUUGACCACCUUCAAGGGCACACUACUGCACGUCAGUCCAUCUGAGGAACUCAGUUUUGGUUCUAGAGAUACAGAGAGAAAAUGUCUGGUCAUCCUCCACAACGUGACCAAAAACCAUGUGGCGUUCAAGGUGCGAACGACAGCUCCAGAGAAGUACCGUGUGAAGCCCAGCAGUAGCAGCUGUGAGACAGGGGCCAAUGUUGACAUUGUGGUCUCUCUGCAUGGAGGUUACCAGGCCUCUCCUCAGGACCGCUUCCUGGUCAUGGCUGCUGAGAUGGAAGCAAAUGUAAGUGCAGGCUCCCUGGAUCUCGCCCAGUUCUGGAAGGAAGUUCCCAAAGCAAAGAUCAUGGAGCACAGACUUCGGUGUCAUAUUCUUGAGAGUCCUAAGUCUAUUCUGAGUAAUCUGAGUGACACUUCGUUAGGCACGCCUACCACUGACACCCAAGAUCUCCACAUGACAUUAAUGCGAGUCAUGGCCAGUAACUCCCGCCUGGAGCAGAAGGUGGACAUGUGUUUAUGGUUGCAGAAGGUUCUCCUCUUACUGGCAUCAGUGUUGCUGGCUUUCAGCUUCUCCACCAUCUACUUACUGUGGACAUCAUAAUUUCUUCCCCCCACCCUCAGUAGAACUGCAGGACCAUCAGGCUCAGUCAAUCAGAGCUUACCGUGCAGCAACACUGGUCAGUCUGCUGCUGUGGCAGUGUGCCUUACUAAACAGACCGUCAUAAGAGCCGAUUCCUGCCCAAGCAGUGCCACGUUCGCCAGGCAUGCUGGAUAAGGCAACCUUCUCUCACCUGUUCUUGCAUCUAACCAUGGCGAGCAGACUGUGAUUUAAAGAUUAAUCAUGUAUUUUUAUUACUCAUCAUGAAGUAAUGACAUUUAAUUUAUAAGUGGUGUAAUGUAGCUUGUAUAGUAAUUAUUUAACAAUAGAAAUACUUUGUGAUCAAUUGUAUGAACAUUGAA